UUCACUUCACUAUUUUGUGGACGAAGUGUCAUGUCAAAAGACGCAACAGCAUCAAAAAUAAACAAUUUUAAAAAACAAUUAAAUCUCAAUUCAAUGUAUUAGAUUUUACACAAAAUAAUGUGAAAAUACUAUGUUAAAGUGAUUCUUUAACUAUAGGUUCAAUUUUAAGUGAGUUUUGAAACAUAACCUAGAUCAGUCGCGAUUGUAAGAUGUUUUCGAUUUGCCGGCAAACUCACCCUGCUACAGGGAUUGAGCAUUCAGUGAGCUCGUGCUUCUUCAACAAUGAUGAGACGUGCCUCAUCACGGCUGGAGCGAAUAUCCUCAAGGUUUUCAGGCUGUUACCUGAAGGCCAUACCAAGGAGGUUAACGCCGCUGGCCAGCCAAUACCCCCAAAGAUGAAACUGGAAUGUCUAGCUACAUACACACUAUGGGGCAACGUAAUGUCUCUAGCGUCCGUCCGCUGUCCCAGUGCUGGCAGAGAUCUGAUACUGGUGUCAUUCAGAGAAGCCAAGCUGUCUGUGUUACAGUACGAUCCACAGACCGAUAACUUAAUUACAUUGAGCAUGCAUUAUUUUGAAGAGGAUGAUAUGAAGAAUGGUUGGACAACCCACCCCCACAUUCCAUGGAUCCGAGUGGACCCUGAGUGCCGCUGUGCAGUGAUGCUGCUGUAUGGCAAGAAACUAGCUGUGUUACCAUUUAGAAAGGACAUUACCAAUGAGGACGGAGAUCCUCUUGAAGCUAAGCCUCUUGAUAGCAAGAAAGCUCUACCAACACAGACAAUCAACCGUGCACCCACACUAGCCUCCUAUGUGAUAGUGCUCAAAGAUCUGGAUGAGAAAAUAGACAAUAUUCUAGACAUACAGUUUCUACAUGGUUAUUAUGAACCAACACUGUUGUUAUUGUAUGAACCUGUUAGGACUUUUGCUGGUCGUACAGCAGUCCGUAACGACACGUGUGCUAUGUGUGGUGUCAGCUUGAACAUGUCAGCUCGCGUUCACCCGGUGAUCUGGGCCACUGCACACCUGCCCUUCGACUGCCUCAGGGCCGUGCCCGUGCAGAAGCCGCUCGGUGGAUGUCUGAUAAUGGCAGUGAACUCUCUGAUAUACUUGAAUCAGUCUGUGCCUCCAUACGGCGUAUCGUUGAACAGUAUAGCAACACAUACCACCAAUUUUCCUCUCAGAAUACAAGAAGGAGUAUGCAUAACACUAGACGGGUCCUGCGUGGCCGGACUGGGCGAGGGCCGGUUCGCUCUCUCCCUGAAAGGAGGACAGCUGUACGUGCUGACGCUGCUGGCUGACUCCGUGCGGACUGUCAGGAGCUUCCAUCUAGACAGGGCUGCGGCCUCCGUGCUUACUACCUGUAUGUGCGUUAUAGAAGAAGACUUCCUAUUCCUGGGCUCUCGUCUCGGCAACUCUCUUCUGCUGAGGGUGACGGAGAGAGAGAACAGGAUGCUGUUCUCAGUUGACAAGCCUUUGGAAGCCACUGUCGAUCUUACUGUUGCUGAGAAUGAACAACAAAUAAAUAAAGAGCAACAACAAAUCCGCGAGCAGUCAGACCCGGCCUCCAAGAAGCGUCGGUUAGAUACCAUCAGUGAUUGUGUGGCUACCAACGUUAUAGAGAUCAGCGAUAAGGACGAGUUAGAAGUGUAUGGGUCUGACAUCAGAACUUCUACGCAGCUUACAAGUUAUGUUUUUGAGGUCUGCGACUCCCUACUCAACAUCUGCCCAAUAGGCGACGUCUCCAUGGGAGAACCUCAGCUAGUCAGCGAAGAACUGCCCCGAGCCGCAGACAACCCCGCCAUAGAACUGGUAGCUUGCAGCGGCCGCGGGAAGAAUGGUGCCCUUACUGUCUUACAGCGGACUGUCAGACCGCAACUCAUUACCGCCUUCAACUUACCUGGCUGCCUAGACAUGUGGUCGGUGCUGGGCGAGGGCACGGAGGGCUCGCGGGAGGCGGACGGCACGCACGCAUACCUCAUCCUCACGCAGGAAGACGGCAGCAUGGUGCUGCAGACUGGUCAAGAGAUCAACGAGGUAGACAACUCGGGCUUCAUGACGGGCUCGCCAACUAUAUUCGCGGGCAACCUCGGCAACAACAAGUUCAUGGUGCAGGUCACCACUACCGGCAUUAGACUUAUUAAGAACGGCGUCCAACUCCAAUCAGUGCAGCUAGAAUGGACGGCGGCGUACGCGGCGGCAGCAGACCCCUACCUGUGCGUGCAGUCGCUGUGCAACCGCGUGCUCGUGCUCGCGCUCAGGGAGUUCCGCGGGAAGGACGGGGCGUCGUCGGGUCGUCUGGCCCCGACGCGGCAAACAGUGCCGCAUCGGCCGGGAGUGUUACGAGCUACUGUAUAUCGUGACCUCAGCGGCCUGUUCACGCCGCCUGAUGCUCCUAACGCACAAGUAAAAGGCGAGUUCACAGGUAAGAUGAAAGGCAAGAACGUGAAGGCCGAGGGCUUCAAGCCGGGCGCCGUGUACGAGCUCAAUGAUGAAGACGAACUGCUGUAUGGCGGCGACCAGACACCUGCUUCUAUGGCUAGCAUUAUGUUAGCAGAACAAUCAAAGAACCCCGGCGUGCCUCGGCGCAUCUCUCGCUGGUGGAAGAAAUACCUCGUUGAAGUGAAAGCCACCUACUGGCUGUUCGUACUCCGAAUUAACGGCAACUUGGAGAUAUACUCCUUACCCGAGAUGAGGCUCAGCUUCCUCGUCAGAGAUGCCUGCGCUGGGAAUACUAUCCUAGCAGACAGCCUCGAAUCAGUUCCCAUUCCCAGCGGCGGCAUAGAAGACGAGGAACUGAGCAGUGGUGGUCAGAACGUGGACGCGGACAAGUGCCGCGAGCUGCUGGUGGUGGGCGUGGGGCACAAGGGCACCAGGGUCCUCAUGCUCAUGCGCUGUGAAGACCAGCUUAUGAUAUAUCAGGCGUACAAAUACCCUCGCGGCAACUUAAAGCUCCGCUUCAGCCGGUCCCGCGUGUCGUUCCCCUUCGGGUACAAUGCUGCGCCUCUGACUGAGCCCACGGACUCCUAUGAAACCGCUCUGUUGAAGGAAAAUGUACGACAGUGUCGGUAUUUUGGUAACGUAGGCGGCUACAACGGCGUAUUCAUCUGCGGGGCUACCCCGUACUUCUUAUUCCUGUCAGCCCGCGGGGAGCUAAGAUUGCAUCCAUUGUGCUCUGAAGAAGCUCCCGUGCCUACAUUCGCGCCCUUCAAUAAUACUAACUGCCCGCAGGGGUUCUUGUAUUUUAAUUCUAAGUCAUCCCUUCGCAUCAGCGCCCUACCAACCCACUUAUCCUACGACGCGUGGUGGCCGGUCCGCAAGGUGCCUCUCCGCGUGACUCCUCACUUCGUGACCUUCCACCUGGAGUCCAAGACCUACUGCCUCGUGGCCUCCACCCACCAGCCCACCACCUCGUACUACAAGUUCAACGGCGAGGACAAGGAGAAGACCAGCGACAACAAAGGGGAUAGGUUCCCCUACCCCCUACAAGACCGUUUCUUCGUGACUCUAUUCUCGCCGGUAUCGUGGGAGAUCAUCCCCAACACUCGCAUUGAAUUAGACGAGUGGGAACAUGUUACUUGUCUUAAGAAUGUCUGUCUGUCUUAUGAGGGGACUAGGUCAGGACUAAGAGGCUACAUAGCGAUAGGAACAAACUACAACUACAGUGAAGAUAUAACUUCGAGAGGGAGGAUAAUAAUCUACGAUAUCAUAGACGUUGUACCGGAACCGGGACAGCCUCUCACAAAGAAUCGUUUCAAGGAGUUAUACGCUAAGGAACAAAAGGGACCCGUGACUGCACUCACACAAGUUUUGGGAUACCUCAUCUCUGCUGUCGGGCAGAAGAUCUACAUCUGGCAACUAAAAGACAACGAUUUAGUCGGCGUCGCAUUCAUAGACACACAGAUAUACGUGCACAAGAUGCUAUCGGUGAAGAACUUAGUUCUAGUGGCCGAUGUAUACAAGUCUAUCUCCCUGCUACGUUAUCAAGCCCAACAUAGGACAUUGUCCCUUGUGUCUAGGGACCUGAGAAGUGCACAGAUCUACGAGAUGGAGUUCAUGGUGGACGGCAGCGGGCUGGGCUUCGUGGUGAGCGAGGCGGACGGCAACCUCGCGCUCUUCAUGUACCAGCCGCAGGCACGGGAGAGCUACGGAGGUACACUAGCUAGCUAUAUAGACUUCGUGCUGAGCGAGGCGGACGGCAACCUCGCGCUCUUCAUGUACCAGCCGCAGGCACGGGAGAGCUACGGAGGUACACUAGCUAGCUAUAUAGACUUCGUGCUGAGCGAGGCGGACGGCAACCUCGCGCUCUUCAUGUACCAGCCGCAGGCACGGGAGAGCUACGGAGGUACACUAGCUAGCUAUAUAGACUUCGUGCUGAGCGAGGCGGACGGCAACCUCGCGCUCUUCAUGUACCAGCCGCAGGCACGGGAGAGCUACGGAGGUACACUAGCUAGCUAUAUAGACUUCGUGCUGAGCGAGGCGGACGGCAACCUCGCGCUCUUCAUGUACCAGCCGCAGGCACGGGAGAGCUACGGAGGUACACUAGCUAGCUAUAUAGACUUCGUGCUGAGCGAGGCGGACGGCAACCUCGCGCUCUUCAUGUACCAGCCGCAGGCACGGGAGAGCUACGGAGGUACACUAGCUAGCUAUAUAGACUUCGUGCUGAGCGAGGCGGACGGCAACCUCGCGCUCUUCAUGUACCAGCCGCAGGCACGGGAGAGCUACGGAGGUCAACGUCUUAUUCGUAAGAGCGACUACCACUUGGGACAGCAAGUGAACGCGAUGUUCCGCAUCGCGGCCACGCACACCUCCGCGCAGCGACAUGUCACUAUGUUCACAACCCUGGACGGAGGAGUAGGCUACGUGCUGCCCAUCACGGAGAAGAUGUACCGGCGUCUGCUCAUGCUGCAAAACGUUAUGAACAACUACUGCUGCCAUAUAGCGGGACUCAAUCCUAGGGCUUACAGGACAUACAAGUCCCGUCGCUCUUUGUCAGGCGGCGCGAUGCGCGGCAUACUGGACGGCGACCUCGUCACGCUCUACACCACCAUGCCCAAUGCGGAGAAGGCUGAUAUCGCCAAAAAGAUCGGCACGAAAGUAGAAGAGAUAAUGUCUGAUUUGUACGAGAUAGACAGACUGACUGCCCACUUCUAGAGUUACUUAGCAUAAGUUAGCUUACGUGUAAAUACAUACCGUCGUACCGCAAAAACUUUUAAACGCCUGUUGAACACUUGUCUAAAAAUGACAGAUUGUGACGUUGAAAUAAGGUGCGCUAUACAGCCACACUUUUUUUUUUUGACAAGUGUUCAACAAAUGUUUAAGUUUUUGUAGCACGGCUGAUAAGGUUUAACAAUAAAAGUAUUCGAGUUUUGUA